AUGGGUUUCUUAGCCCAACACCUCCACUGCUCAUUUUUGCUACUACCCGCCAUUUUCUUCUGCUCAGCUGCUUACUUUCUCCUAAACCGAUACUACUCAUCCACUUCCUCGGCCCCGCCCAAGAAACAUCUCCCCCCGUCGCCGCCGGGCCUGCCGGUGAUCGGCAACCUCCACCAGAUAGGCCGCCACCCGCACCGAACCUUCGCCGCUUUAGCCCGGCGCUACGCCGCCCCGGUGAUGCUCCUCCGCCUGGGGAGCCGGCCGGCGCUGCUCGUCUCCACGGGGGCGGCGGCCCGGGAGCUGUUCAAGAACCACGACCUCCUCGUCUCCACCAGGGUCCGGAUCAAGACCAUCGAGAAGCUCUUCUACGACGCCAAGACCGUCGCCUCCGCCCCGCCGGGGGACUACUGGCGCCACGCGCGCGCCACGUGCGUGCUCCACCUCCUCAGCAACAAGCGGGUGCAGUCCUUCGCGUCCGUCCGGGCCCAGGAGACCAACCUGGUGGUGGAGAGGCUCGUCGCCGCGUCGCGGCGUGGGGCCCGCGUCGACCUGAGCGACGUGGCGACGUGCCUCUCCAACGACGUCAUAUGUCGGGUGGCGUUCGGUGGCAAGUCGACGUCGUCGAAUCGGUUCAAGGAGUUGUUGGACGAGCUGAUGAGCUUGCUCGGCGGAUACUUCGUCGGGGAUUUCAUUCCGUCGUUGUUCUGGGUGAACUGGGUCUCGGGGGUGAACCGGAGGGUGGAUAAGACGUUCAAGGAGUUCGACGAUAUACUGGAGAGCGUGCUUAUCGAGCAUGAGAAAAAUGGAGGCGUUAAAACUAGCGACAUGGGCGAAGAAGAGGGGAAAAGUUUUGUGGAUGUUUUGCUCGAGGAGCAAAAGGAUGGAAAGUCUGGCCAUUUUCUUGGUCGAGAUAACAUCAAAGCUCUUCUCCUGGACAUGUUUGUCGGCGGAACCGAUACAACCGCAACGCUAGUGGAAUGGGUCAUGGCAGAACUCCUACGACAUCCAGACAUCAUGAACAAGUUACAACACGAGGUGAGAACGGUUGCCAAAGGGAACGUGAAUGAGAACGAUUUGGAUAACAUGACGUACUUGAAACAAGUCAUCCUGGAGACGCUUCGUUUGCAUCCUCCGGUCCCGCUGCUUGCACCUAGAGAACUGAUGGAAGAUUGCACGAUCAUGGGCUAUAAUCUGGCGGCUGGGACGUUCAUCUUCACCAAUGCUUGGGCCAUCGGACGAGACCCUAAUCGUUGGGCCGAUCCAGAUGAGUUCCAGCCGGAGAGGUUUGCGAAUCGUAGCUUGGAUGAUAGCGUCCAUGCUUUCGACGUCGUCCCGUUUGGCGCGGGGAGAAGGGGUUGCGCUGGCAGGUCGUUUGCGCUUGCAACUGCUGAGCUUCUGAUAGCGAAUCUGGUGGGGAGAUUUGAUUGGGCGCUUCCUGAUGGUGGUAAGGCUGAGGAUUUGGACAUGAGUGAAUGUACACUUCCUACUAUACAUUUGCGGUAUCCCUUACUUGCCAUGGCGACUCCGGUUUAG